UUUUUUUCUUGGCUUUUACUUGAAAUUUACAAUCUUAACUGGCUAAAGUUAUGGUUUUUAGUCUCAAGUUCAAUAUCCAAUGCUCUCGGCAAUGUAAAGAUAAUUCAAGAAAGUCAUCUAUUGGUUACAUAUUUGGUUUCACCGUUAUCAAUGUCAUUGUUUUUGGUCCGUGUUUACUUGAGGUUGUAAAAUCAAAAUUUGUGUAUAAUUGCAGAUGCGUACUUAGAGGAUGUAUACCGAAGAAGCUAAUGGUUUAUGCGUCAAAAUAUUCUCAUGAAUUUGAUGAGAGUAAUGGUUUUGGAUGGAAAUAUGACACUGAACCAAGGCAUGAUUGGAGCACCUUGAUGGUUAAUAAAAAUGCUGAGUUACAGCGUCUUACUGGUAUUUACAAGAACAUUCUAAAAAAUGCUGGUGUCACACUAAUUGAAGGCCGUGGAAAGAUAUUGGAUCCACACACUGUUGAUGUAGAUGAGAAAGUUGCUAUAGUUGGUGGGGGAUACAUAGCUUUGGAAUUUGCUGGCAUUCUGAAUGGAUUGAAAAGCGAGGUCCAUGUAUUUAUACGUCAGAAAAAAGUUUUACAGGGUUUUGUUGAAGAGAUCAGGGAUUUUGUUGGAGAGCAAAUGUCUCUACAAGGAAUUGAGUUUCAUACAGAGGAGUCACCUCAGGCAAUUUUUAAGUCAGCUGAUGGUUCAUUGUCUCUGAAGACCAACAAAGGAACAUUUGAAAGCUUUUCACAUGUAAUGUUUGCAACUGGUCGAAGGCCUAAUACAAAGAACUUAGGAUUGGAGACAGUGGGGGUGAAAAUGAACAAGAAUGGAGCAAUAGAGGUUGAUGAAUACUUGCGUACCACAGUACCUUCCAUUUGGGCCGUAGGGGAUGUCACAGAUAGAAUAAAUUUGACACCUGUUGCAUUGAUAGAAGGAGGAGCAGGAGCAUUAGCAAAAACACUGUUUCAGAAUGAACCAACUAAACCUGAUUUUAGGGCUGUACCCUCUGCCGUCUUUUCCCAGCCACCAAUUGGACAAGUUGGUCUUACUGAAGAACAGGCUAUAAAAGAGUAUGGUGAUAUUGAUGUCUACACAGCAAACUUCAGGCCAUUGAAGGCCACUCUCUCAGGGCUUCCUGAUCGGGUUUUCAUGAAACUUAUAGUCUGUGCAAAGACAAGCAAAGUUCUUGGUCUACACAUGUGUGGAGCAGAUUCAGCAGAACUUGUGCAGGGAUUUGCAGUUGCUGUGAAAGCUGGCUUGACAAAAGCAGAUUUUGAUGCCACAGUGGGUAUUCAUCCAACAUCAGCUGAGGAGUUUGUCACAAUGAGGACUCCUACCAGGAAAAUACAAGGGAGCCCCGAGUCCGAGGGAAAGUUGGGUCUUUGAGGCAAAAGCUGCAGCAGGGGUUUAGCAAGAGUAAUUGAUUGGCUGCAGACUAUGGGGGUUCCACUUAAGGCUGGGCUACCGGCGUAUAGCUGAUGGAUCUCAGAUUUUGACUCGCGAUGGUUGAUGAUGAUGUGGAGCAAAGCUGCAGAAGGAGAUUUUCAAAAGCAAUGACAAAGGAUCCCCCAUUGAAAGAAUUUCUCCAUUUUGCACUAAAUGAUGCAGUUUUACAAAAUUAUUCUUUUUUUUUUUUUUUUCUGUACACUAUCCCUUCACUUUUUGAGAUGAUAGUAGUAGUAAUCUUUGAUUUUUCUAAGCAUGCAAAUCUCACCCGAUGUCUUAACUUACAAGUUAAAAUUCGUCAAUAAUUUUUUUGAAGAGUCUC